UAAUAAUAAGAACUUAAUGAAAUAGCCUUUAUUAUAUGAUUUAUCAUCGGCUUCAAGUAUGAAUGAUUCGGACGACGACUAUAAAUUAGUUUUGAUUGUUAGAAAUGAACUGAAAAUGGGAAAAGGUAAAGUUGCAGCGCAGUGUGCACAUGCCGCUGUUUCUGCAUACAAAAAAGCUUUAAAAUAUCCAAAACUAUUAAAGCACUGGGAAAAGUAUGGCCAGACUAAAAUUACACUUAAAUGUAAUACAGAAGAGGAAUUAAUAAAAUUACAUAAAUCUGCCAAAAUGGUAGGACUCUUAUCAAAUAUUGUUUGUGAUGCAGGUCAAACACAAGUACUACCAGGUAGCAAAACAGUCUGUGGUAUUGGCCCAGGACCAUCUAGCACUAUCGAUGAAUUAACAGGACAUUUAAAAUUAUAUUAAUUUUCUUAUAAUAAACAGUAUUUCUAAUAUUUGAAUAUUGUAUUCAA